AUGUCGCAGCCGUGGAGCUUGACAUAUCUCCUCAUGUACCAGGUCAUGCAUCUAGGCCUAUUCAACCGGGAUUCGUUGGUCGAAUCGGUUGCCCGUCGCCAAGGCUCAGCUGUCAACUUUCGCGUCGGUGGUACAUCCGGUGACUUUUCCACACUGGUGCUUGAUCAGGCUGAAGCAGUCAUUAUACCCCCCGAUGAAAUAGGUAAUAACGUGGCUUACAACAUUACAAUUGGACCAUCCUGGUUUGAAGGAUUCAGAAAUUUUCCCGGUGUGGAAUGGGUCUAUCAAGUACCUUUGGUUUACUUGAACAAAACGAACUCAAUUGAAGGACUCAAGAUUGCUGUAUCCGCGAUCGGAGCAGAGAACCUCUUUGCACUCGAAAUCGGGAAUGAGCCGGACUUAUACCCAGCAAAGUGGUCCCCAGGAGACUAUGCGUCACAGUGGCUGGCCUUUGAUAAAACUAUCCGAGGGGAAGUAUCCCUUCCCAAAGGAAGUAUCAUUCAGGCAGGAACUAUAGCCGGAGUGGGGGUUGGCGAUUGGACACUACCAAAUUUGUUUUCAACAGAUAUUGAUUCCACAAAUAUGGUGAAGACAGUGUCAACGCACUACUAUCAAUGGUUCGGAGUUAAUCCACCAGAAAUCGAACGUGAUCUCAUGAAUCACACAGCACUUGUUUCCACUAUGGCCAAUACUACUUUGGCAGCCCAAUUUAUGUCACAGAAUUACCCUAGUAUCCCAUUCGUCAUGGGGGAGGUAGGCACUUACCCAGGGGCAAUCAAUAACUAUAAAGUGGAGCAAUCCUUCGCUGCCACUCUUUGGAAUGCCAAUUUCAUUCUUUACGCCAUGUCCCAGAAUGUCUCUCGUAUCAGCAUGCAGCAAGGGCUGGGCUUUGGCUACUCCGCGUGGACUCCCGGCCUUGAUCCUGAUAAUGGCAACCAAGGCCCGGGCGUAUGGGGUCCUUACUAUGCUUUUCCAUUUGCCGCCGACUUCAUAGAUGGAGCAACUGACCUGCAAGUGGUACCAGUCCUGCAACAGGAGAAACUCGUAGCAUAUGCAGGGUACGAAUCUGAACGUCUGUCUAAACUUGUCAUCAUCAACCUGGAAGUUUGGAACAAAACGACCUCUUCCCCUCGUCCUUCACGCGAAGUGAAGUUCCAGGUCCCACCAACUGUGACGAAAGCUAAGGCUGAGAAGCUGACGGCACCCGGAGCAGAUGUCGGAGAGGAUAUCACCUGGGCGGGGAUGCGUUGGACAUAUCAAUCGAAGGGUCUGCCGGAACAAGUGAUACAUGAUACAGAGAUAAUUUCUGCUGUCCAUAAGAGCCUGACUGUGAAUAUUCAGUCAAGUCAAGCGGUGAUGCUCUCCAUGCUUUUGGAUCAUGAGGGAAUUGACCCUUCACAAUUGCUUAUGUGUAAUUGA